AUGGUCCGACCGAGCGUCGUUCUCCCAGCCCUAUGCCUGAGUGCGUCUGCCACGGCGACCCUGCAGCGCAGAUGGACUAACGGUGAUACGGCAGCUGGAACAACUGGUGACAGUGUGAUUGAGGGAUGUGAGUACUGGAUAAACGAUAUUGAUGCUGGUGACUCUUGUAAGUCAAUCGAGACCUACUUUGGCAUCACCGAAAAGCAAUUCCUCUCUUGGAACCCUUCGGUGCCCUACUCGUGCACCUUGGUUCGUGGCUGGAGCUACUGCGUUGUCGGCCCCGAGAACCCUGUCACUUCAUCCAGCACCACUGCGACUCCGACACCUGCUGGUACUCUGACAUACUCGGGCACGGCGGCGCCCACACAGAGUGGUGUUUCCUCCAGCUGCGAGAAGUUCUACUUGGUCCAGGAAAGUGACACCUGCUACACUAUCCAGGACAGCUUCAUGAGCUUUACUCUCCAGCAGUUCUACUCAUGGAACCCGUCAAUCUCCACAGGUUGCAAGGGUCUAUUGCCUGGGUACUAUGUUUGCGUUGGUGAUGGAUCCACGCCUACUUCGCCUCCUGUCUCGUCUCCAACCGCGACAGGCUCGGCCGCUGUAACUGGUCACCAGCCACAGCAGACUGGCAUUCCAUCCAACUGUAAUAAAUGGUACUGGGUUGUCGACGGCGACGACUGCGCUACCAUUGCCAGCAAACACGACAUCACCCAACAACAAUUCCACGAGUGGAAUCCCGCUACAGGAUCAACCUGCACGACAUUGUGGUCAAAGGCCUAUGUCUGCGUCGGCGUUUCAGGCUCCUCCUCUUCCGCCUCUACAACUUCCGUUUCCAAAACCACAACGGCACCAUCAACCACAUCUGGAGGCGCCCCCGGCCCAACAGGCAGCGGCACUGUCACAGACUGCGUAACAUACUAUGAAGCCCAAUCUGGGGACAGCUGUUGGUCCAUCGUCAAUGAGAAAUUCACCUAUCUGACCCAGGCUCUGUUGACGAAAUGGAAUCCCUCUCUCGGCGACGCGUGUAGCCUUCUCAAGGAUCAAUACUACUGUGUCGCUAUCAAAGCCGCUCAGCCAAUGCCCGGUACCAUUAAUACCUGUAAGACAUGGCAUUUGGUAGCCAGUGGCGACGGCUGCUGGCAGAUUGAGCAGGAUAAUGGGAUUACAGCGGCGCAGUUCAACACAUGGAAUCCACAAGUUGGAUCUGAUUGUGCGGGACUUUGGCUGGGAUACUAUGUUUGUGUAGGUGUUUAG